AUGAGAGCUUUUAAACUUAAAUCAAGUACACUUUUAUGCUCAAGAGGAGCACAAGUGGAGUUUUAGGAUUAGGGUGCAAUAGCAUUAUAGCUUAGUUGAAUUGAAUUGUAUUUGGAUCGAGGAUUUGAGGCAAGGGUCAAGGGAUAGGGAGCUAGGACAAGGAACAUCAAUCAAAUGGAAGGCAUAGGACUUGGAGUAAAGCUAAAUUUGAAAUCCCUAAAUCACCUGAUAUGGCCGUCUUCAACCUCUCAUUUUCAGUUUAAAGCUCCUUCAUUCAUAUCAACUGCAACUCGAGCUUGCAGAAACAACAUUAAUGAAAAUCUUCUGCCUGCUUUCCGCUUCUCUCCUCUCUGUACCCUCUCUAGUCAGGGUCCAGAACCCAUCAUCCAUAAUAAUACCCAAAAUCUACUUCAAGUAGUCUUGGUGUCUCCACAGAUUCCUGGAAAUACUGGUUGCAUCGCCAGAACCUGUGCUGCGUCAGGUGUAAAACUGCACCUUGUCCAGCCAUUGGGUUUUCAGAUAGAUGAUACCAAACUCAAGCGUGCUGGAUUGGAUUAUUGGCCAUAUGUAGUUGUCAAAGUGCAUCCUUCCUGGGCUGCAUUUCGAGACUAUUUCUCACUUCAAGAUGGAGAGAAACGACUAUUAGCAUUCACUAAGAGGGGAACAGCUAUACAUUCUGAAUUUUCAUACAAGCCUGGUGAUUGGCUUGUGUUUGGAUCAGAAACAAGUGGGUUACCACCUGAUGCGCUCUUUGACUGCAGAAGCGAAGCUUAUGGUGGCGGAACUAUCAAAAUUCCUAUGGUGGAUACCUAUGUAAGAUGUUUGAAUCUUUCUGUCAGUGUAGGAAUUGCAGUUUAUGAAGCUGCGAGACAGCUAGAUUAUGAGCAGCUCCAAUACUCAUCUGAAUCUCUUAUUAAAGGAGAAAAUCAAUUUAUAGCUGAAGAUAUAUUUGCUUAGCUUCUUUGUCAUAUGUGUUCGCUCGUCUAUUGGUUUCACCAUCUCACUCAUUUCUGUAGAUCAUAACCUAAUAAAACCAGAACUGUGGAUUAUGCGAUGCAUCUAUCAACACAAUUCAUUUACCCCAGCAAUUUUGCACUUGACUACAAAGUGCAAACAUGGAUAAGUUGUUGGAUCAAUCAUUGUGUAGGAUGCUUUGACUUGGUGUCAUAAGCCAAGCUGGUGUUUGGUUUGUAGAAGUAUUGAGAAUUUAUUGCAGAAAGCUGAGAUUAUUCAUUCUUGGUUCAGCAUUCAACUACUGCCUACUGGUGCUUGCAUCGAUGGUGUUGUAUUGAUUAUCCGAGGAUUUCUGAAGGUGAAAUUUGUGUUAUUUAAUCAAACAAAUAGUGCACUUUUAAUUUUAAGCUAGGAACUCGAAGAUAUGGAACUGUGUGAACUAGAAAUUUUAUUAGAAGAUAAUAAUCUUUUUGGUUGAGAGAAUUUGUUGUAAAUGGGCAAUUAUACAGUUUAGAGAUUUAUUGUUGCAUCUUGCAAGUAGUAAAAGAAAGAAAGUUGCAAUCA